AUGUCAGACUUGGAAGCAUUAUAUAUCUUUCUUAACAGGUCAAUCACUACUGAAAUGAUCCAUUUCCUUUGUUCAACAACUACUUCUAUUAUUCAGGUCCAUCAGAAAACUCAGGAAAAUGCCCUAAAUAAUUAUGGUUACCCUUCACCUCCUCAAUCUCCAACGAAAUCAAAACAUUCCAUCCCUUCCUUGUACCAUUUCAUUAAGAGGUUGAUCGAACACUCUCACGUUCAAGUCACUACCUUGAUGACAACCUUAAUCUAUUUGAAUAGGUUAAAGGAAGUCAUUCCUCCAAACUCAGUCGGUAUGGAAACUACCCAUCACAGAAUCUUUCUCGGCUCGCUCUUGAUUGCUGCUAAGUACACAAAUGAUUCCUCUCCAAUGAACAAACAUUGGACAACUUACACCGACGGACUGCUGACUCUACGUGAAGUUAAUGCUUUGGAAAUCGAAAUGAUCCAGUAUAUUGGAUGGGACCACUUACGAUUCCAGAAUGAAGAUUUAAUUAAAUGUCUUGCGUACUUCUUGGAGCCUAUCAAGAGGAAACUGAGAAUGAAACAAGAACAUAAAAUCACUGACCAAUUAAACCAAUUGCAGUAUGUUCAACAGCAAGAGAGAGAGCAACAACAACAACACCGUGAACUAUUGGAGAAGCAAAGGCAACAGCGAGAGCAACAACGAGAGCAACAGCACCACUCGCUAACGCAAUCUUCAACUUCCUCCUCUUUACCUUCUCUAGUUUCUUCAACUUCAACUUCCUCUUCCUCCACUUUUGCCUCCCUCAUGUCCGCAACACUGCCAAGGAAAGGUUCCAUGCAAUCUCUGCAAUCCGAAAUCAAAAUGGAACUGGAAUCCCCCUCGGUUUCUGCCCUAGAGAAGGAUAACAACUUGCGCAUACCCCUACGCCCGUUGCGCCUAAAGCCUCAAAAUAAACCUUCGGCUAUACCAAACACAAAGAGAAUGAGCUCCGUUAACCUCGCUGCCAUAGAUACCCUGAACUCAUCCCUGAACAGGAUGUCCCUGAAUUUCUCAAGUAUAGACCUGAAUGAACCCCUCCAAUCCAUUUAA